AUGCGACCCUGGUUCUUCGCGAUCGCCCUCUCGCGAGAGGACUCUGACUCUUUGCUCAAUUGCAACCUAUAUUACAUCUACAUCGCUUCUUUCCAAGCCGCAGGUGCUGCCGCUGGUACGUUACCGGUUUCUCUUUGGUUCCCGAGAGAAAACAUACUUGGUCCUGUGCUUCUUUGGUCAACUGACAGGGUUAUUGCGGCAACUUUUGUGUGUCCUUUAGACGUUAUUAAGACUAGGUUUCAGGUACAUGGGCUGUCAGCGCUUGGAAAUGAAAGCAUUAAAGGAGGAAGUAUCAUAUUUGGAAGUUUAAAACAAAUUUUUCAGAGGGAGGGAUUGCGUGGUAUGUACCGUGGGCUAUCUCCCACUGUCCUGGCAUUACUUCCUAACUGGGCGGUUUAUUUUACAAUUUAUGAUCAGCUCAAAAGCGUUCUAAGUUCUGAUGAUGCAAAUCAUCAACUCCCGGUGGGUGCUAAUAUGAUUGCUGCUUCUGGUGCUGGAGCUGCAACAACAAUUGCUACAAAUCCACUUUGGGUUGUGAAGACAAGACUCCAGGUGGGUGGUCCAUUUGGUAUUAGCUGGGUGAGGGUCACCUUUGUUUCAAUUGUGGGUUGGAAGCUUCAUUUUGCCUGCAUUAGGGUGUUGCCGGCCGAUGAGGAUGAGUUUGAGACUUUGGAAAGGGACAUUUUUGAUUUCUCUGGGGAAUUGGGAUUGCAUGCUGGGUAUGGUGACGUUGUUGGUGGGCAAAGACUUCUUACAACAACAGUACCUGGGGAGUAUCUUGGAAUUUGGUGCAGGCCCCAUAAUGAUUUGAGGAAUGACACUGUUACCCAGGGUACGAGAUCAGGUAUACUGCUGUACGGGAGUACACUGUCUGCUUUAAGGAGAAUAGCUCAUGAAGAGGGCAUUCGUGGAUUAUACAGUGGUCUAGUGCCUGCAUUGGCUGGUAUUAGUCAUGUUGCGAUUCAAUUCCCAACUUAUGAGAAAAUCAAAAUGUAUUUGGCUGAGCGAGAUAAUGUUUCAAUGGACAAACUCAGUGCAAGUGAUGUUGCUGUAGCCUCCUCAGUUUCAAAAAUAUUUGCAUCUACCUUGACAUAUCCGCAUGAGGUAGUACGAUCUAGGCUACAAGAGCAAGGGCACCACUCCGAGAAACGAUAUGCUGGUGUCUUAGACUGCAUUAAGCAAGUAUUUCAACAAGAGGAAUGCCAGGUUUUUACCGUGGAUGUGCCACGAAUCUGCUUAGGACUACACCAGCUGCUGUAA